UUCUUUUGCGAUAUUGACAUCGUACGACCAGCUAUUCGAAACAAAAAUUUCCGUCCGCAAGUCUAGACAGCUGAAAAACAAAACAAGAAAUAAUUAAACAAAUUUUUAUUUGAAAAUAAAAAUGAUUUCCAAAGUUCGUCAACCUUUCCUGUUUUCGAUACAAAUUUCUCGAUACUUCAGUCGUUCACCUGUGUAUCCAUCGGCAGUGAAUUCGUACAGCCCCUCUCACGGUGGCCAGAGAACGCCAAACAACGAACAUCACUAUUAUAAAACAACAAUACCGAUAAACGAACAAAAACAACAACAACAAUGCAAAUGUAAUAGCAAUGGCACAAUCCAAACAGCAACAGCUGAUGGUAAAGACACGCCAGCUGCUGCUGCUGCCUCUAUUGCCUCAAUGCGAAAUGCCUGUCAUGGUCUCCAUGACGUCACAACUAAUGUCGUACAAAGCGGGGUUCCCUCAUCAAUGUCGACGUUAGCAACAGCAACCCCACCAGUUUGCAGCUGUAUGGGAAUGCGCAGUGGCCAAGCAAAUGAGAAUCAUACGACGGCUACAACAAACACAGCCAACACCACCACCACGACGACGACUACCAUUGAAUAUGAGUUGACGAACGGCAUUGCAAAGCUCUCAAAAAUCAGUACCAGUCGAGUAGCCGCCGAGCAACCAUCAAACGCAAACGCCGCUUCAGCAAACGUACCGAAAGCCGAAUCUCAAUCGCGACUUAAUUGUGAUACGGUGCAAAGUCAGGAAGAGACCACAUCCAAAGUACCUCUACUUUCCCAAGCGGAUCUGGACGAUUUGAUGCGAAAUGUCAGUGCAAUAAACGCCGUCAAUCGAACAUUACGUCAUACAUUCUCUAACCAACAAGGACACCUUCUCCACCAUCAGCAGCAGCAGCAACAACACCAGCUAUCAGCCUUGUCCAAUUUGCAACAACGUUCAAAUAUUCACAUGGAUUUUUCAAGCAUGAACGGUUCCAGCAACAAUAGUCCCCUAAAAAAGGUUCCCCGAGAUCGCCUUGGUCUGUGGGGUGCUGGUGGCGACAAUGAUGUACCCGGCAACGUUUCCGGCUUACAACGUUUGCAACAGAAGAAAUACAACAAGGGUUUGGCCUUCAGCCUCGAAGAACGUCAAGUACUCGGUAUCCAAGGACUUUUACCAGUCCGUGUUAAAACCGAAGAAGAACAGGUGGAACACUCGCUACUAUUGCUGGACAGAUUGGAAAAUGAUUUGGACAAAUAUAUGUAUUUGAAUACCUUGGCCGAACGCAAUGAACGCCUAUUCUACAAAGUAUUAUCGUCUGAUGUGGCCAAAAUGAUGCCAUUGGUUUAUACCCCGACCGUGGGUUUGGCUUGUCAGAAAUUCAGUUUAAUCUUCCAAUAUCCAAAGGGCAUGUACAUUAACAUCAACGACAAGGGACAUGUCUAUGAAGUGUUGAGGAAUUGGCCAGAAACAGAUAUCCGCGCCAUUGUUGUCACCGAUGGCGAACGCAUUUUGGGUUUGGGUGAUUUAGGUGCCAACGGCAUGGGCAUUCCUGUGGGCAAGUUAUCAUUGUACACUGCUUUGGCUGGCAUCAAGCCCAGUCAAUGCCUGCCCAUUACCUUGGAUGUUGGCACCAACACCGAAAGCAUUCUCAACGAUCCCCUCUACAUUGGUUUACGUCAGAAACGUGUUACCGGCCAAGAGUAUGACGAAUUCAUCGAUGAAUUCAUGAAUGCCGUCGUUCGUCGUUUCGGCCAGAAUUGUCUCAUUCAAUUCGAAGAUUUUGCCAAUGCCAAUGCUUUCCGCCUUCUGAAGAAAUAUCGCGAUGGCUUCUGUACCUUUAAUGAUGACAUCCAGGGCACCGCUUCUGUAGCCGUAGCUGGUCUGCUAGCCUCACUGAAAAUCAAGAACACUCAACUGAAAGAGAACAAGAUACUCUUCUUUGGUGCUGGUGAAGCUGCUUUGGGUAUUGCCAAUCUUUGUCUGAUGGCUCUGAUGAAGGAGGGUUUGAGUGAAGCCGAGGCUAAAGAACGCAUUUGGAUGGUUGAUAGUAAGGGUCUGAUUGUAAAGGACCGUCCCGCCGGUGGUCUCACUGAACACAAAUUACAUUUUGCCCAGGAUCAUGCACCCAUUAACUCCUUAGCUGAAGCCGUCGAGACGCUACAACCAUCCGUACUCAUUGGUGCCGCCGCAAUUGGUGGAGCCUUCACAAAGGAAAUCCUUGAGAAAAUGGCCGAAUAUAAUGAUGUUCCAAUCAUUUUCGCUUUGUCGAAUCCCACCAGCAAGGCGGAGUGCACCGCUGAAGAGGCCUACAAAUACACAAACGGCAAAUGCAUCUUUGCUUCGGGUUCACCAUUCGACCCCGUCGAAUAUAAUGGCAAGACAUUCUAUCCCGGUCAGGGUAAUAAUUCGUACAUAUUCCCUGGCGUUGCAUUGGGUGUUCUCUGUGCCGGUAUGUUGACCAUACCGGAAGAAGUGUUCCUGAUGUCAGCUGAACGUCUGGCAGACCUCUGCGAGCCAGAAGAUUUGGAGCGAGGAAGUUUGUAUCCACCCUUGAAGAAAAUUACCGAAUGUUCGGUGGAAAUUGCAGCCUACAUUAUGGAAUAUGCCUACAAGAAUGGUUUGGCUACUGUCCGUCCCGAGCCCGAUGAUAAGAGAGAAUUCAUAAAAUCGCAAAUGUAUGACUUACAUUACUCAUCGGCCAUACCAGAGGUCUACUCAUGGAAUCACAAGCUAUAAAUCAACCAUUCAUUAAGCCAAGCAUGAAUCGGAAUGUACAAAAGAAACCGUUAAUAGUUAUUAAUCAUCAUAUCGGAUAUAUUAAAUAGCCACACUACAAAUAACCGAACCGUUACCCUGUACAUGAAAGUUACUCGACUUGCAGUGCCGCCCCCUAACCCACUCAUUUGUCAGAUCACAUAAAUUAAAACCUACAAAUGUCCACUUUAUUUUGUAAUGUAACUCUAAUUAUUCUUAUUCUUCUACUUCUAUUUCUUCUUAAUCUUAGUAUUGUUUUUUACCAUUCCAUUGAUAUUUUAAAUGUAUUUCUAUUGGAUAAUAAUUAUUGAUUGUUUGUAUUUGUAAAUUAUUUUCGCAGAAUAGAAUUCGCAAUGCCACUAUCUCUUCAUCCACCCGCACUCUCAUCUAUGCGAACCAGAGUGGUCUCAUUGAUCAGCUAGUAGUAUGGCAAUCAUUGCCAAUUUUCAUUCAAAUUAUUUACCGUUACAGUCGUUGAUGCUGCAGGAUUCCAUUUGAAACUGGACCCGGCAUGCUUGCGGCUGUAUACGAUUUUGUUGUUUUAGUUUUUAUUAUGUAAUUUUUAAUCCAAAACAAACGAGGGAAUUUUGUUGAUAUUAUAUAAUUUAUUAGAAUGAAAGAAAUAAAUGAUACAUUUUAAAAAUUAUACAUAAAAAGGAAUAAAAAUAUUUAAAAAACAUUA